AUGUCCGCCGGGAACCUGCGACCGUCGAGUUUACGUUCAUUCUGGAAUCGCACAUUCUCCUACUCCGCUCGUCGCGCGCUCGCAGACCUUCACCAGGGCCCGCCGGAGGCCCAAUUCUCCGCAAACCACGAACCCGCGCCGAGACGCGAGGGUCUAUCCGAUAAACUUGCUGCUGGAUAUCCUGAAAAGGCCCCGAAGAUAGGGUAUGAUCCCGAGCGCAUCACCCAGGAGCGGUCCAUCCUGUCUGAGCGCUUCGAACUACCCGAUAUCCCUGCAACGUACACGGACUUGGGUGUCGAGAUCGAUGCGAUCGGUCAAUUGAAGAUUACAGAUCCCGUAGCGAGUCGGCGAGAGCACAAAACUGCCCUGGUAUUCUCCGCCGCGCCGAUCUCGCUGGUUGAACGCGAUUUCAGAAAGCUGCUAGAUCCGGGGAAGCUUAUUGAGGGCUGGAGGACUGAUGGGGGGCUUGAAAAGAUAAUACCGUCUCGAGACCUUCAAACGCUCCGACGCAAACAUGGCUGGGUCCUGGUUUUCAAAUCACCGGCGGCAGCACAGGAGUAUCAAGCUCGUGUCCACAAUUUACGAAAUCUACUCCGCCAGAAUCUCCCCCUAUCGUCCGAUUCCAAACUCCAACUCCCACCCGCAUAUACCACCCACGGGUCCCGCGGUUUUACGCUACAAGAUUACACCCUCAGCUCCCCCGCGCUUUUCCCGUCUGUAAUAGCCCAUCUCGCACCGUUCAAGAAACACAUUAAAGACCUUAUUAAAUUACACCACAACAUCAAUACCCGGAAUCCAGGCGAGGAACAAUCCUAUGGUGUCCAGAUAUCCCUGGACACCCGCUAUCUAUCCAGGUUGGAAACCGAACAUAUCGCCCAGUUCCUCCGCUACGACUCGGAAAACCGCAAACUCCAGUGGAAGCUGGCCAACGUAGCCAAUCCCAUCCUACCAUUGACGGGCGAAUCGCAUACGGUUUUGGACCGGGUAGAGAGCGCGGUGCAAUCGGCCAAGGGACUGAGCAGCUGGCGUGUCUUGUUUGAAAAUCCUUCAGAGGCACGGAGGUUCGUGAGGGCAUGGCACAGGAGGCCGUGGCCGAGGUUUGAAUCGCUGCCAAGGUCUGAGCCGCCUUCAUUGAUGCAUGUCGAAUGUUUGUUCCAGGGCGAGGGGUUUUGA